AGCGUCGCGUCGGACUGAAUCGCUCUCAGCAGCAUCAACACGAGCGCAUUAGCGGAGAUCUGUGAGCCAGCAAAAUGGGAGAGCAGCCCAUCUUCAGCAGCAGAGCGCACGUCUUCCAGAUCGACCCCAGCACCAAGAAGAACUGGGUUCCCACCAGCAAACACGCCGUGACCGUGUCCUACUUCUACGACAGCACACGCACCGUCUACCGCAUCAUCAGCCUGGACGGGUCAAAGGCCAUCAUCAACAGCACCAUCACCCCCAACAUGACCUUCACCAAAACCUCACACAAGUUCGGUCAGUGGGCGGACAGUCGGGCCAACACCGUGUACGGCCUGGGCUUCUCCUCCGAGGCACAUCUGAGCAAAUUUGCUGACAAGUUUGCAGAGUUCAAAGAAGCGGCGCGGUUAGCCAAAGAGAGAUCUCAGGAGAAGAUGGAGUUGACCAGCUCACCCUCACAGGAAUCAGCGACUGGUGAUCUUCAGUCUCCUGUGACUCCAGAGAACAUCAACGGGACGAACGAGAGAGUGACCCCCGACACACCCUUCAACACCGAGAGCCGCGCCGAGAUCAACGCUGUCCCCUUCCCUCACAGGUGCACACACACACACACACACACACUCACUCGACUGGAGUGUUUAGUAGACACUCUUUGCUCUACGGUCUUGUGUUGCAGCUCCUCGUCCAUCACUAAACACUGGGAGGCCGAGCUGGCGGCUCUGAAGGGGAACAAUGCUAAGCUAACAGCGGCGCUGCUGGAGUCCACGGCUAACGUCAAGCAGUGGAAGCAGCAGCUGGCGGCGUAUCAGGACGAGGCCGAGCGACUGCACCGACGGGUCACGGAGCUGGAGUGUGUGAGCGGACAAACCGCCGGAGUCAAAACACAGAAAACAGAGCUGAACCAGACCAUCGAGGAGCUGGAGGCCGAGCUGAAGGCCAGAGAGGAGGAACUGGAGAAUCUGAAACAGGAAGUGGAGAAGGCCAGCCAGCUGCAAACACAGAAAGAUUCUCUGGCUCAGAAACUACAGGAGACGGAGCGGAGGAAUGUGGAGCUGGAGUCUCAGCUGCUGGAUCUGGAGCAGCGUCUGGAGAACAGUGAGCUGGAGAGCCACAGCUUCAGGAAGAGUCUGCGCUCGCUUCUCCAGCUGCUGGACGGAAAGAUCUUUGAGCUGAGCGAGCUGCGAGACAGUCUGGCCAAACUGAUGGAGGACGACAGCAGCUAGACACACACACACACACACACACACUC